AUUACUUCAUCCCAAGGUUUUCUCCUCCACACUUUUCCUCAGAUGCUCGCUCACAGUUCCACGAGUCGAGCGCCACCGCUUUAUCUCACCUCCCACUCACCCUCCUCCCCCUUCCAACCUCCCAAAUCUGCCACCAUGUUCUCGGGGCCGUCGCAGCCCAGGAAGUCUCAGCUCCUCCCGCCCCACCGUCGAACCAGUCCCCUCAUCUGGUGCGCCGCCAUCAUCUGCGUCGUCCUCACUCUCCUCCUCAUCCUCGCAGGAAUCGUCACACUCGUGGUCUUCCUCGUCAUCAAGCCGCGUAGCCCUUCCGUCGACCUUACCGCCGCCAGCCUCAACAGCAUCUACCUCGAUUCGCUGGCGUACCUCAACGGCGACGUCUCCUUCCUCGUCAACUUCUCCAACUCCAACCGCAGGAUCGACGUGGCGUUCCAGUCGCUGGGAUUGGAGCUCUACUUCCGCGACAGGCUCAUCGCGGUGCAGGCGCUUCGGCCGUUCGCUCAGCGGACGGGGGAGUCGCGACUGGAGGCUACGCGCAUGAUCACCAGCAACGUGCUGCUGCCGGCGGAUCUGGCGGCGGAGCUCCAGCAGCAGGUGAAAGAGAACAGCGUGGUGUACAAUGUGAGGGGAAGGUUCAAGGUAAGGGCUCGGCUCGGCGCCGGCCAGUUCUCCUACUGGAUCUCCACUCGCUGUGAGGUCAAGCUCACGGCCCCACCCAACGGAGUGCUCGUAGCCCGGCGAUGCAGGAAGGAUUAAAAUCAACACACCUUUCGUUUCAAAUCUCGGAUUGAAUUCACUUCUUUGCGAAGUCAGCAAAUUAGCAAAUAUAUUUUUGCACUGUAGAAUAUCUUGCAGCAAUGGUAAAGAACAACUGCAUUAUACUUUGACGAACGAUACUUUGAAAUGGUAAAGUUGAUAUAUUUUUCCAAUUACAU